AUGGACAAGUACCUCCGCCUCCUCAAGAUGGGGAUGCCCCGCGAGCACGUCGAGCUCAAGAUGCGCGCCGAGGGCGCAGAUCCGUCUCUGCUGCCGUCGCCGUCGGUAGCCGCCGACGCCUAUGUACCCCCGCCGCCCAGUCCGCCGACGGCGGUCGCAGCGAGCCCCAGCUUGCGUGGCCAAGACAAGCCAAUGCAGCCGCCGCUCCCUAGCACAUCAGCAAGCAUGGAUGGUCCAUGCAUCGCGUCGCAUGAGAUCGAUACUACCGAUCAGAGCCCAACGGUCCGCGCUCCUCCAAGCCCGCACGAGCUACCGGGCGUUGCCAGUGCCAACGCAGCAACCAUCGAGCGCGCUCGGCCCGCGAUGGCGGAGAAGAUGUUUACAGUUCACUUGUCAGGCGCUGGUCAUCCGGUGGCGGCGCCGUCCUUGCGCGAUCGGCAGCGCCGAUGGCUCCAAAAGACGCUCGUCUCGUUCGGGCGGGCCACGCCGACACCCGACGACGUGUACAUCAAAGCCAAAGAUCGCUUCUUCGGGCUGCUCAAGAGCAUUCUGGACAUUCGCGGGAGCUUGUCGCGCUACAAGGCCAUGCUGCCGCAGUACUCGCUCGCGUGCGCGCAGCUGGGCGUCGACGUCUGGUGUGUCACGAGCGCCGAUGCGGUCGGGCGGCAAAGCGUCGCGGCCGAGACCUUUCGCCACGCCAUGUGUGCCAUCAACGAAAAGCAAGAGAUCAAAUCUCACUUUUUCAAUGCGGACGCUGUGCUCUCGGGUGUCAUUCAGUUUGUGGACAUUCACAUUCGCACCAUGGAGUCGUUCAAGCCUGCGAUGCAGCACCGCGAAGCGCUCAAGCUUGACUAUGACAGCUUUGAACGGAGUGCGCACGCCAUGCGCCGCGCCAAGCGCAGUGUACCCGAGCUCUCGAGAGCCGAUGCUAAUGUCGCGACGGCCCGAACGGCGCUGGACGCUGCCACCAUGCACUUGUUUCGGAUUUUCGCCAAGUACGAAGCACAGCGUGAUACGAUGCUCGAUGGCGAGCUCGAAAUGGUGCGCCAGGUCAUGCACACGUUCUACGAGAAGAGCGCCGAGGUCACGCGCUUCACAAUCGACACGAGCGUGGACAUCCAAGCUCUACGUGCCAAAGAAGACAGCCUCUUGGCAGCGAUGACGUCCAAGGGACUCUUGACGCCACCACCGGAAAAGGACAGCUCGACUGUCAUGGAAGACGUGGAGCUUGGCGAACCAGAGACCAACUGGACCCGGCAGCUCCACUCGUACCGGUCGCACUGCCCCAAGAUACCAGAGAUCAAACGCAAGUGCGUCGAGCAGCCAUGACUCGACCAAACAAUAUAUGAAUUUCAACCAAACUGCGAUAAGCCCAAAAUAAUGUGAAACGAGG